AUGGCGAGGAAGAAGAAAGCAAUACUGAAUAUUUCUACGACGAAAGUUGCAGCGAAGUCUCCCUCAGUAAGUUCUCACACUUCAGGCACCAGUACUACUCAAAAUGAUGCCCAAAAUGCAAACCCAGAUGCUCUGGUUUUUGACUCAGAUGGCGAGGAGCUGAUGCAUUCUCCUCUAGUCCACCCUUCGGCUGGUAUGAUUCCACGCAAACUUCAUGAUACUAUUUUGUUAUUGGAUCAGAAUUUGGGGGUUGGUCGUAAUAAUACUGUGGGUGGAACUAACCCUCAGGGGAAUGGAGAAUCUGUUGAUAUUGGGGAUAUUGGGGGAAAUAACACUGAACCUGGGGUAGUUGAACCUCCGAUUGUUAAAGAACCAUGGAAAAAUCUGUUCACUGGAUCUAAAAUGGCUUCAAAAGGGGCGUCCCUAUCAUUUGUUACACCUGUGCUGCAGGAUGGGAAGAAAAUUGCUCAAUUGCAGGAGGAUGAAAUGAAUGAACUCACUGAGAAAUGGAAAUCAUCUAUGGUGAUGUAUGUGGUAGGGGAUUCCCCUACUAUAGCUUCUGUGAAAAGAUAUAUGGAAGGGAUGUGGAAUUCUGUUGCUCAGCCUCAGGUGUUUUACCAUGAUGAUGGUUACUUCAGCAUCAAGUUUGUGAACAUGAAGGACAGAAACCAGAUUAUUGCAGGAGGACCUUAUACAUUUUAUGGGAAACCAGUUAUCAUUAAACCCUGGACAGCAAACUUUAAUUUCUAUGAAGAAGUACUUAGGGUUAUACCUUUGUGGGUGAGAUUUCCUAAUCUGCCACUCAAUUGUUGGGGGUGUGAUUCACUAAGCAGGAUUGGUAGUCUGUUAGGGGUGCCACUCUUUGCUGAUGAAUGCACUACUAGGCAAGAUAGAGUAUCUUUUGCUCGAGUGUUGAUAGAAAUGGAUAUCACUAGCCCAUUGCCUGAUUGUGUCUGGAUAGAGGAUUCAAAGGGUGGGAUGUUCAAGCAAGCUGUUACUUAUGACUGGUUGCCACAAUAUUGUAAAGUUUGCUGUACUGCAGGCCAUGAUUGUACUAAAAAGACUAAACCACCAGUACCAAAACCUGUAGCCAAAAAGGUGUGGGUUCCUAAAGCUGUCCAACAAGCUCAUCCAAUGUCAGAACAACAGGAGCAACCUAAUGCUGUGCACACUCCUGAGAUGCCUGUUAACAAUGUAUCUGAUCCUACUCCAUGGAAAAUUGUGACAAGAAGGACUAAGGGAUUGUCUAGAAUGAGGACUUUGAGCCCUAGCAAUCCAUUUACUGUGUUGCCUGUAGAAUUGAGUUUCAAAGAAUUAACAGGAGGUGAUAUGGAGAUGCAAAAUACUACUGAACCCCCUGAUGAAGAAGAAACUAGAGUUAAGGAAAGCAAUUUCUCUAGAGUAGUCAAUAAGUUUGGGAGAAAUUGGAAAUGGGAAAAUAAUUACACUGCAAACCCCAGAGGUAGAAUUUGGGUAGGCUGGCUUUAUCAAGAAGUUGAUAUCCAUGUGUUACAGGUGCAUGAACAAUUUAUUCACUGUGAAAUUAGGGAUAGGUAUGGAGUGGUGGAAUUGUAUGUUACUCUGGUGUAUGGUCUUCACUCCAUUGACACUAGGAAGAAUUUGUGGAACUCUCUUACUACUCUUGCCUCAAGUGUAGGUAGCUGUCCUUGGGUCAUUACUGGUGAUUUUAAUUCUCCCCUGUUUGCUGAUGAUAGAAUCAAUGGUACUCCUGUUUCAGCAACAGAAACCAAGGAUUUUGAUGAGUUUAUUACAAGUAAUGGGCUGUGUCCUGUAAAGAGUGUAGGACAUUAUUUCUCUUGGCACAAAGGCACUGGUGAAGACAAGGUGGAGGGAGGUAGACCUUUCAGAUUUCUCAAUUAUUUGGCUGAUCAUAGUAGUUUUUCUGCUAUUAUUCAGGCAGCUUUUACUGAAGUAUACCAUGGCACUCCUAUGUUUAAGCUCUGGUGUAAGCUGAAAAAAGUCAAGGCUGAACUCAAGAAGUUACAUAGAGAAGACUUCUCUGGUAUUACUGAGAAGAUUACCAUUGCUAGAAGUGAGCUUGAUAAGGUUCAACAGAGUUUGCAAACUGGUAGAUCUCCUGCUCUUCUCAACCAAGAGGUGGUUUGCAUUAAACAGCUUAGGCAUUGGCUGAGAAUUGAUGAGAUAGCAUUGAGACAAAAAUCUAGGAUCCAAUGGCUAAAACUAGGUGAUUCUAACAACCACUUUUUCUUUUCCACUGUGAAAGAAAGAGUUAGAUUCAAUAGCAUUGCCAUCCUAUAUGAUGAUAAUGGCACUAAAUUGGUUGAUCCUGAUCUAAUUCAAACAGAAAUUCUGAGUUUCUACAAAAAGCUGCUUGGCACUUCUGCAAACACUCUUCCCUCUAUUCACAUUCCAACAGUGAGAAAUGGCUCUAGGCUAAAUAAUGAUGCUAGACAGGAUCUGUGCAGGGAUGUUACUGAUGAUGAGAUUGAUUUGGCAUUACAUGGGAUUGGCAAUGAUAAGGCUCCUGGUCCAGAUGGUUUAAAUGCAGUCUUUUUCAAAAAGGCUUGGCCUGUCAUCAAACAGGAUAUUUAUAGAGCAGUGAAGGAUGUGUUUGUUACCAAUUUCAUGCUUCCCCAGUACAACUGUACAUCUAUUACUCUCAUUCCAAAAGUUCCUAAUCCUACAAGAGUUAAAGAGUACAGACCAAUUGCAUGCUGUAAUGUGGUGUACAAAAUUGUUUCAAAAAUUCUAACUACAAGAAUGCAAGGGGUGAUUGGACAGGUUGUUAGUGAAUGUCAAUCUGGGUUUAUUCCUGAGAGGCAAAUUUCUGACAAUAUUCUGCUUGCUACUGAGCUCACUAAGGGCUACACUAGAGCCCAUCUUUCACCCAGAUGUAUGCUCAAGAUUGACUUAAAGAAAGCCUAUGAUUCAAUUGAAUGGCCUUUCUUGAUCAGUGUUAUGGAUGCUCUUGGCUUCCCUCAUAGAUUUGUGCAAUGGGUGUACACAUGCAUUUCCACUGUAUCUUACAGUGUGCUCAUUAAUGGGAAACCUUGUACACCUUUCAAAGCUAAAAAAGGGCUAAGACAGGGAGAUCCCUUGUCUCCUUUUUUAUUUGCUAUUGGCAUGGAAUACUUGUCUAGACAUCUCCAUCAGUUGCAGACCAAGCCUGAUUUUAACUUUCACCCAAGAUGUGCUAAACUGGCUCUUACUCAUCUAAUGUUUGCUGAUGAUUUGCUUCUAUUCUGUAGGGCAGAUCUAAUCUCUAUUGACAUGAUGUUGGCUUCUUUUAAGAAGUUUUCUCUAGCUUCUGGUUUGGAGGCUAAUAUGGAUAAAAGUAACAUUUAUGUUGGGGGUGUUUAUGGUCAAGAUAAAGCUGAUAUUCUCAAUGCAGUUUCUACUCCUGAAGGUUCCUUUCCCUUCAGAUAUUUGGGAGUUCCCCUCUCAACUAAGAAGUUGAAGUAUACUCAAUGUAGACCCUUAAUUGAGAAGGUGUUGGCUAGAGCUAAAGUGUGGACUGUCAAGCAUCUAUCUUAUGCAGGUAGGCUCCAGUUGGUUCAAACAAUAUUGCUGAGUUUACAAUCCUUUUGGUGUCAGAUUUUCAUCUUGCCAAAGAAAGUGAUCAAAGAAAUUCAAGGGUAUUGCAGGGUGUUCCUGUGGACAGGCAACACUGACCCUUCAAAAAAAGCUCUGGUUGCUUGGCACAAGCUUUGCUUGCCCAAAGUUGCUGGUGGUUUGAAUCUGAAAGAUAUGUGCUGGUGGAACAAAGCAGCUGUUGCUAAACUCCUCUGGGCUAUAACUUAUAAGAAGGAUAGACUUUGGUGUAAAUGGGUUCAUGCUUACUACAUAAAGGGGAGGGAUGUUGGGAGCACUCAAUGGCCUGUUAACAUGUCUUGGCCUUUGAGGAAAAUUCUGAACUCUCAGAGUUUAAUAGAUAGCAUUGGAGGGUGGAGUGCAGUGAGUAAGGGAGGUGUCUUUUCCAUCCAAAUCAUGUAUCAUCUGCUGAUGGGGCCAUGUGAUAAAGUCAGCUGGAGGAGAAUCAUUUUCCAUAAUAAAGCUUCCCCAAAAAGUUUGUUUGUCUCUUGGCUUGCUGUUUUGGGAAGAUUGCCUACACUGGAUAGACUUCUCAAGUGGAAAAUUGUGGACUCUAAUGUGUGUCCUUUAUGUUCUUGUAUGCCAGAGUCUACUCAACAUCUGUUUUUUGAGUGUAGCUACUCUGCUGCUAUCUGGUCUUCAGUUCUUGCUUGUUUACAGUUUCACAGACCUGUUUCUCAGCUUGAUAAUGAAGUGGUGUUGAUGACAAGAGCUGCCAAAAGAACUGGUGACAGAUUCAAGUUGCUUCUGAUGUUCUUUGCUGAAUGUCUUUAUGGAAUAUGGCUGCAAAGAAAUGCAAAAGUCUACACUCAUUCCUGCAGAAGUCCCCUUGAUCUUCUUAGAGAUAUCAAAUAUCGUGUGGCCUGUAGAGCCACUGAUCAGCAAAGAAACUUGCUCUUGAUGUAA